GCCUGCAUUUGACAGCCACGUCAGAGGCUCAACCAUCUUCUGGUGCUCCAGACCCGGCGCCGCCGACAUUUUUAUGUCUUUACCUUCGACUCGGAGGUUUCCUUGACACCCCGGGCCCGUCCAAGGCGUUUCGCUUCCCGGUGCGUAUUUUCCUACAGAAACUUUUGUCGUCUGCGUACGGCAGACCUGACACUGACACACCCGGAGGGACUGAGGAGAGCCUGAUGGACCAGGAGGGCCUGAUGGACUGGCGCACGCCUUUACGGAGCCCAAGAUAUAACAGUCCAACGGUUGGGGCGCUUUCCGAAUAUUCUACCGAUGUGUGGCCCAGCGAGGAGAGUCAGCCCACCAGUACGCUGACGCUCUUUAGCCUUUUCGGCUUGCUGUUAGCAACCGCGUGCGGCAUUCUCCUGAUCAUCAGCCUCCUCUACAACAGCAUGUCCUACGACGUCAGCAGCACGGUUGAGGAGGAAACAAUCCGCCAUUUCUCUUUUCCGUCGGUUUCCUAUCCGAAAAGUAGCUCGCGGUUGGCUACCAGCCCCCAAGCAAAUCAACCUGUCCAGAAAGGUUUAACGACCACUGCCGUUUCGACGCAGCCUGGCAGCAGUGAAAGCAGCGGCAGCAGUGCAGUUGGUGGUACUGAAAGCAGCGUCAGCAGUACAGUUGGUGGUAGUACACACGGGAGUGAAACUCUCGUGUGUAAUACUACCAACUGCAGCAUCAUUGCGCAGACACUGCAGUCUAAGCUGGACAAUAGCGUGGACCCAUGCCAAGACUUCUACCGCUAUGUGUGCGGCACGUACAGUGAAAACAACCAGGUUGCUCAGCUUUCGCUCAAGAUUACACAGGCCACCUUGCAACAUCUCAACAUUACUACAGUCCCAUCCACUGGUCAGACUUCGUGGGAGAAAGUAGCUGGGCUCUUCAGGGCCUGCCUGUCUCUGGCACAUAACAACCGCAGUCAGACCUCAGACCUGGUGGAGUGGAUGAUUUCUCUGAACCUGGACCUGAAAAAUGAGGCAAAGCUGGAAAGGGUAGACGCUGUUGACAUGAUGAUGCGCUGCAGCCUUGACUUUGGAAUCCAGGCCGUCUUGUCGAUUACAUUCCAUAGUGCCUGGUUCAUCAAAAAUAAACGAGCUAUGCAGCUCGGGUUCAGCGAAGAGGACGCCGCGUGGAUUUUCUCGCGCUACAGUGUACCCAAGAAGAAGAAAUUGGACGACUACAUCGAGCUACUCGGCCUCUAUGGCUUAACCAGUCCUGGCGAUGAACUACUUGCAGCCAAGAUCAUGGAAUACGAAAAGCAACUAGAAAGAACCACCCUAAAGUCAACUCCCCGUGAAGCCUCUAUUCUGCGCGUAACCAUCAGUAGCAUGGGUGAAAUGACGAAGCCAUACGUGACAGCAGAGAAAUGGUCUACCGUCUUUGCUACGUACACCAACCAAAUCUACGGCGGCAACGAUACUAUUGUCUACCAGGAAGACGUCUUGCCCGUUCUCGUAAGGCUCAUCAAGUCGAAAGCUGUGGGGUUCACAGGGCUUCGCUACCUGAUCGCCUGGAGCCUGUUCCGGCAGAUGGUGCAAUACACGGAACCGAGGUACUUCGCGCCCACAAAGUCCAUAAGCGACACCUGCUACGAUCGUGUCCUCAAGGUCAUGAAGCUGGCGGCCGUGAACCCUUACCUCCGAGCAACUGUCACCCCGGAAAUGCUCCUUGAGGCUGAAGAAAUGCUGCUCGCAAUCCUCACCGCCUUCCGAACGCUCCUGGUGUCAUCGACGUGGCUCAAGAGCACGGCGCGAGUGGCUGCAAUGCGAAAGCUGUUCUACUUGCAGUACCACAUUGGGGGCCCGAGCAGCCGACGGCAUGACGCCGCCCACGUAGAAGAGCUUUACGCUCCGCUACCCGACGUGGACCCCAACCGGUUCUUCACGUCAUGGAGGAAAGCUCUGUCCUUAUCACGCCACCAAAUCUGGGCAGAUCAAACGUCGUGGCAGUUCGACGAGGCUGAGGUGAACGCCCACUACAAAAAUAAUUUGAACAUCCUGAUCAUACCGACGGCGAUACUGCAGCAGCCUCUCUUUUUUUUCGAAAGUCCACCCGCCCUGAAUUACGGCGGAAUUGCGACGAUAAUGGCCCACGAAAUAAUGCAUGGAUACGAUUCUGGUGGGACAGGUUAUGACAGAAAGGGAAAUUUUAAUCCCUGGGCAACGAGGGAGUUCGGCAAAGCAUACAAAAGAAAAACAGACUGCAUACGACGCUCACAUGAAUAUGUUGCAAACAUGAUGCACCCGCAGGAGAAACUAGUCGACACGUCGACGUUGGAGAACUUGGCCGACUUUGUGGGCACCAUGACUGCGUACAAGGCUUACUAUUUGUUGCCAGAUCACAAGCGGAAGAUGCGGCUGUCUGGCCUCAACAUGACGGCCGAGCAUCUCUUUUUUAUCAACAGCUGCGUCAAAUUGUGCGGUAAAAAUCCCAUGGCAGCGGGGCGGUACGCUUCAUCCGCUUCCCGCUGCAUCGUGCCGCUGAUGAACAUGCCCGAAUUCGCGGCCGCGUUCGGCUGCGCAAUUGGGACCCCCAUGAACCGCCAAAUGAAGUGCACCUUCUGGUAGCGAAAAGCGCACACGGCAGCCACGUGGAGCAUUUCGCGCCUAGUUCUGACUAUUUUUGUUGUUUACCCUGAGCCUACCAUAAACCCUACUGUCGCAAAGUACAGCAAAAACCGCGCAGCUCUAAGUUUUUUUUUUUUUGUCCUGUGCUACAACCGUCGCAAACUGGGAACAAAGAAUAAAUUUCGCUUUCUAUGAGCUAA